AUGGCACCUCCUUCGAUAGACCCACUGGUGGACCAACCGAUGAGCUCGGGGAGAAAGGAAGUCUCCUUAUCCGCCUUUGCGUUUCUCUUUUCGGAAAUCGUCCAAUACCAUUUGCAACGCGUCUCGGACACGAACGAAUUAGAGUUGAAGUUGGAAGAAGCGGGCGCACACGUCGGAAGACGAGUGUUAGAGUUACUCGCGUACAGAGAGAAACCAACGAGAAGAGAGACGAGAUUGAAUGGAAUCUUGACGUUCAUACAGAACAACGUGUGGAAGAACCUGUUUGGACGCUCGGCGGAUUCGUUGGAAAUAUAUAACGACGACGAGUACAUGAUUUCAGAUCGAGACGUUUUAGUGAACAGAUUCAUAUCGGUGCCGAAAGAUUAUCAAGGGAUGAAUUGCGCGAGUUUUGUCGCCGGAGUGGUGAAAGGGUGCUUAGAAAGUGCCGGGUUUGACGCGCAAGUGUCGGCGUAUGACGCACCGACCGCGGAUGAUGGGCACUAUUCAGUGGCGAGAACAAACUUUUUAGUGAAAGUAGACGCAAACGUUCUCGAACGCGAGCAAAGUUUUUAG